AGCUGAGGUGUCCAAAUGUCACGCAGGGAAAUGAACGCAUGUCUCUUUAUAUUGAGCUGUGAUGGGAUGCUCCUGCACUGUGCAUGUGCAGUUUCGCAGUCCGGGCUGUCGCUUUAAGACAACGAUAGCUUUGUGUCUGAUUAAUUCAAUGUACGGCGACGCGUUAGUGGAGAAACCUUAUUAGACUGCCAGCCGCACAGAGAGACAGCGGAGAGGAGGAGAGCUGUGCAGGCUGCAGGGAGAAUUAGCUUUAGUUUAAUAAUAAUAUAAAUAAAUAAAUAAAAACACUUGAAGUUAUUAUUGCAAUAAAACCGUGGGUGUUUUUAAGAUGAAGACAUCUUGAGGAUGGGUUGUUUGGAGUAAAAGUCUGCAUCAUCGGCAACCAAAAGGAGGGAUUUUUUUCCACCAGCAGCUUGGAGUAAAAAUACAUCAGAGAAGCUCGGAAGGCAUGUCGUCUGAAAAACACGGUCUCGAUGAUUCUGGCCGUCAGACCAUGCAGCCUCCUCCGUACCUCCCCGGCCCGCAAGACCCAAACGUGCCCCAACACCCCAACAUGCAGCCUGCGCCGGGUACCCAGCCCAACUACCCUCCUCCGCCUCCUCCUCCGGGCUCUGAGGGAUAUCUCCAGGAAACCCAGUUCCACUGUGCUCCGAUGGGACCGCAGGGGGCCCCGCAGGGCUACACGGUCCAGACCCAGGGCCCCGGAGGCACCAUGCCUCACCCCCCUGUAGGAUACCUCCACCCGGGCUACCCGCUCCAGCUGCAGCCCUGCACAGCUUACGUACCCGUCUACCCCAUGGCCUCGGGUCAGCCCUACAUGCCGGCCGCGGGAGGCCACCCAGCGAUCCCACCGGGCCAGAUUCAUCCCAUGCAAAUGCCACCCAGCAUCACCCUAAUGGACCGCCGGCCGCCACACGACUACCUGCCCAUCGCCGUGCUCACCACCGUCUGCUGCUUCUGGCCAACAGGCAUCAUUGCCAUCAUCAAAGCCGUGCAGGUGCGCACGGCGAUAGCCAGAGGGGACAUGGUGACGGCGGAAAUAGCCUCCCGCGAGGCACGCAACUUCUCCUUCAUCAGCCUGGCUGUUGGCAUCGCCUCCAUUGUGCUGUGCACCAUCCUCACCGUGGUAGUCAUCAUCGCCUCGCAGCACCACGAUGACGACUGGGAGCCAUAACUCCACGCACGCAGUGUCAGACAGAUGGGAAAUCAUGGCAUAAAUUAGCUAGCUAACUACUCUCAAUCGUUUGGAGGAAAUAAGAGCACUGCACACAAACUGCUACUGCAUUGCCGGCCCCUCUGUGUGCAGCUGCACACACCUAACACACACCGACGACCAAAAACAACCAAUCACAACACCAAAUACAAGCAGCUGUCAAAUGAGGCCCCGUAUUGCUGUUAGCACAGCGACCGCUUAAUAUUUACACUCAGAUACAAGCUGCAAGAGGGAAACAAAGCUCCCUGUAUUAACAAUUCAUUUGACGCUGAUUAAUUCAUACGGAUGAUGCCGUUUAGACAAGAGGAUAGGUCACUGUGUGGUUCAGUUUAAAUAUUCCAACAGCUAAAUCUACUAAAUGGGCCCACACUGAGUUAUUUUAAGCGUAGAAUAAUGCACAUUUUAGUCUCUAAAAGUACAAGUAUACAUGUUUUUCUUCUUUUAAAAACAAAAAAAGUGCCAUGAUGAAACAGUGUUGAUUUACAGAGUAGUUUUUUUGCCGACACACUCAGAUAAAAGAGUGUCAAAGUGAUUGAAAGUGUUAGAGGCGGGGAUCAAUACACAUUUAACACACCAAAUGGAGACUGGACUGACAGAGUGUCUAACCAAACAAGAGUAUUUAUUUGAGAAUUGUAUGUUACAUGGAUGAGAUGAUACAUAACUUAUGAAUUAUGUCUGUUGAUUUAUUUAAAAUCUGUUAUUUAUUAAUUUAUUCAAUAUCUACCCAUCGAUCGACUUUGUCUGCUAUAAUUUACAGUAUAUCACUAGUUUGUUGCAGCUAUCUGACACUUUGAAAUUGGCUUAAAUUUGAUAUCUGAUGACGAUGCACUUUGUAGUAACCAGACGCAGCUGCUUACCUUCAUAGUUCUUAUAGUGCAUGAUAAAUAUAAAUUUAAGAUGAUAGUGCAAUACUAGCUUGUCUCCCGGCUGUUGGCGGGAAUAUUUCCUAAAAAUGUCUACAAGUGUGUGGUACAGUAUUUUUCAAACAAGCUACUGUGAAAACAAGAAAAAGGAGACAAUUUAGAUGAUAAGUAUUUGAAUCUUAGGUUUGCAAAUAUUGUUUUUGCAAGUAUUAAGUGAGUGUUUUGGCCUAUUUUGUGUUGCACAUCUUUUAGCUAUUUAAUCUCUCAGACACUGUGUGUUAGUGCAACGUUAGAUUUAUGAGGCAACAUAACCCUGCAUGUCAUCCUCAGUUUGUUUCCAUUCGUCUCAAAUAUCGAGGCUAUAGAUGUGCGGCUGUGAGCUCCUACAAUGUUGUUUCACUGUUGUAACGCUAUCAGUCAGGGUUCAUUUCAUACACGAGUAUGGUCUCCAUAAUGUAGCAGCAGGUGUGCUGUUGUUUAUAAGAGCCGACGUGGCUGUAACGUUACUGUAUGAAUUAUUAAUAUGAGGUCUCUGGGGUUAUGGGAGGAACUGAAAAUGAAUGUUUCCAAUAGGAGAGAGAGAAAAUAAUAAUGCCUAUACUGUAUUGUAGCACUUUCCGCUCUAUGAAAUCUAUCCUCCGGUCUCUUUCCUCUCU